CGUGUGAUCGCAGCCAGACCUGUGCAGACACCUCGGUGCUCGCUGGUGUCACAGGCAGCCGGAGUGGGGUUUGGGGGCUGUUCCGAGGAGCAGAGGGGUGCAGGGAGUCCAUCAGCAGCGUGUCCCGGGGGCCUGGACCAUGUUCCUGGAGGUUCAGCCAGCAUCUUCCCUCUGUCCAGCACGCAGUGACGGGGAGCCCCGGAGGGGAAAUGCAUCCUGAAUGGGGCUGAGGCCCCCUGCUCGGGAAUAUGCAGCCUCGGCACCGCGGAGGCAGCACCAGGGCAGCGGCCGGCGUGCGGCGGGAUGGUGGCAACCUUCAAGAUCGCCGUGCUGGGAGCCCAGGGCGUGGGCAAGAGCGCCAUAGUCCGGCAGUUCCUGUACAACGAGUUCAGCGAGGUCUGCGUGCCCACCACGGCCCGCCGCGUCUACCUGCCCGCCGUGGUCAUGAACGGCCACGUCCACGACCUGCAGAUCAUGGACUUUCCCCCCAUCACCGCCUUCCCUGUCAACACCCUGCAGGAGUGGGCAGACGUGUGUUGCAGGGGGCUCCGGAGUGUCCAUGCCUACAUCCUGGUCUAUGACAUCUGUUGCUUUGACAGCUUCGAGUACAUCAAAACCAUCCGCCAGCAGAUCCUGGAAACAAGGGUCAUCGGCACCUCGGAGACGCCCAUCAUCAUCGUGGGCAACAAGCGGGACCUGCAGCGGGGCCGGGUGAUCCCGCGCUGGAACGUCUCCAACCUGGUGAAGAAGACGUGGAAGUGCGGCUACAUCGAGUGCUCGGCCAAGUACAACUGGCACAUCCUGCUGCUCUUCAGCGAGCUGCUCAAGAGCGUGGGCUGCGCCCGCUGCAAGCACGUCCACACCACCAUCCGCUUCCAGGGCGCGCUGCGCAGGAACCGCUGCACCAUCAUGUGAGCCCCCUGCCCCCAGGGACCCCGGGGCCGCCGCUGGGGCCGCCCAAACUCGGGGAUGGUUCUGCUCCCCGGGCGGUGGGAGCUGUGCUGGAGGCACCUCGGGGGUUGCUGAGGUGACAUUUGGGGACGGGGCGCCUUGGGCGGGGUGGUGCAGGGGGUGGCCAGGCUGAGGGGUGAGGGAUGGCCUUGGCUAAACCCCUGAGCUCUCUCCAAGCCUCCAGUGCUUGAGGCCAAAGCCAUCCCAGGGGGUUGUACAGCGGGGUACCCUCAGAGGGUGCCAGAUUUUGGCUGUCGGUUCAUCCUUGCCAGUUCCUGCCCUGGCAGCACAGGGGCAGUGCUUGGUGCUGCCUGCCUGCCGUCGCCUGCUCCUGGAAGGGAAUUAUCCAGCACCUGUAUCCCGGUGUUCUGGGGCUGGUUCUGUCUCUGGGGCAGAGGGAAACAGGAGUUCUGCUUUUCCCCUUGUGGAGCUGGGAUUUCGCCCUGUGGAGGGCAGAGCAGCCAGGUUACGUGGCUGUCUUUUGGCUCGGUCGGGUCAGAGUUCCAGGUGGAAUUUCUGGAUGAAAGCAAGAAAGGGGGAAAAACCUAAGUCCCAGUCCUGCUCCUGAUAUCCCCGGGAGCUGGGUUCUGCCUUCCCAGGGCUCUGAGCUCCCCUCUGCCCCAGCACAGCCCCAGCACAGGAAGGUUUCUUCUCCCCCAAGCCUGUGAACACCAAAUAAUCCGGGAACACUCCUUGCCGGGCAGGUCACCCCUUUGCUACCUCUCGUCCUGGGCUCAGCAGGUGAUGGCUUCACCCCAGCCCCCGGGGUGUCCCGGGCAGGUGGGCAGCCCCUGUGCCCCCGGGGUGUCCCCGGGGUGUCCCGGGCAGGUGGGCAGCCCCUGUGCCCCCGGGGUGUCCCUGGGGUGUCCCGGGCAGGUGGGCAGCCCCUGUGCCCCCGCAGCCCCCGGCAGCGCCACCAGGUCCGACCCUGCCAGGUUUUCCCACAGGGAUGUUGCCUCGGCAGCAACAGGGAGCUGGAGCAGCACUUCCAGUUGCAUUCUUGUUUUUUUUUUUUUUUUUUUUUUCUCUCUGCAUAUCACUAAUAGGAAAGUGAGCCCUCCAUAUUUUUUUAAUUAUUAUUUUUUAAUCUUCUGGUUUAUGUUUGCACCAGAGCUGCAGCUCACCUGCAUCCUGCCCUGCAGGGCGGGUUGGCAAAGGGCAGCCCCUGUUAGGAAGUGAUGAUGGGGUGGUGAAGGGAGAGCAAGAUGCCAAGAGGGUCGUGGUUUCUCCAUGGCUGAUCCCUGUGAGACACAGGGAAACACCAUCCUCAUCUCCUGAGGCAGGAUCUGUGUCUGACCCAUCCUCCAGCAAAACCAUCUCCGUGAUUCCCGCUGUCACAAGGAGCUGAAGGGGUUCAGCACUGCUCUGGGCAGCAAAACAGGACACCCAGCCCUCUCUGCCACCACAGCCAGGUGUCCAUGGCCCAGCAGCUCCACUGUGCUCUUGGAAAUGCUUCCCAUUAAAGGCAGCUCCAGCUGAGCUCCAGUGCCUCUCACUGCCCCAUCCCUGUGCCAGGGCUGGGGGUACAUCCUGCUCCUCCCUCCCUGCUUAGGGAAUCAAACUCCUUGCUCCAAAAUUUAAAAAAAGGGAAAAAAAAAUAGGAAAGGCAAAAGGCGGGGGGGGGGGGCACGGGUCCAUCUCAGCCAGGAAGGGCAGUGGCACUUGUCACCAUCCCUCGCCUUCAUGGCAAACCUGCCUCCCCCAUCCAAGCUCACCCUGUCAGGAUUUAUUAACACAUGUAAGUCCACUUAUCGAUCUCUGGCUAGAGCUUUAUCCCUCCAAAUUGUCUGAGAAGGAAAUUCCUUGGUAAAUGCUAAUAAUAAAGCAUUUAUGAAGUGCUCCGACGUACACAUAUCAACGACUAAGCCAAUACAUUGUUUGUUAUAACCCUGUAGCCUGCAGUUUAUAGCACAAUUAGUUACAGGUUUUUAUAGCAUCUAUUUAGUAUUUUGAAGAAAAAAAAGUUAUAAAUAUAAUUGUUAUAUUCUAUUGUACUUUAUAGACAGAGGAAGUUAUAUUAGUAAUAAUAACAACUCUCACUGCUUCGACAGCAUUUCCCAGCUCCCGGGAAAACGAGGGCUACAAAGAGUUACUUUCCCACGAGCCCAGGAAGGGGUAGGAGGUGGUGGUGGCACCCUGGGUGCAGGCAGGGAAUCCCAGGCAGGAAGAUCCGAGGUGUCCAGGCACAGGGGUUGGAGCACACGGGAGCACGGCAGCAGCCACGAGCGCCCUGCGGCCCUACUCACACCUUACUACAGAUUUACCACUCACCCAACGCCACCCUGCUCCUGCUGAGAGCAACCUGGGCCUGGCACGGGCUGGGGUGUCCCCACUGCUGUGCCCAGGGCAGUGCCAGGUUUCUGCCCCCGUGCUCGUGGAGGUGAUGCCUGGGUUCGGUUCGGCCCCACCAAGGAUGCUUCCCUGUCCCUCUCCUCCUGCUCCAGUGAGCACCCCAGUUGCCUGGACUUGGCUUUCCUUUCCCCCCUGGACUCCUUGUCGGAGAUUCCCGAGGUGUCUACACCGCCUGUGACGCCCUGCACCUCCUUCUUUGAAAUUGAAUUAAAAAUCAGGUCUGUCCCCCUUGUUCUGUA